CCGCCGCCGCCGCCGCCGCCGCCGCCGCCGCCGCCGCCGCCUCCCCAGCUUGAGAGAAGCCUCGCGGCCGUCCCUGCCGCUCCCACCGGCCACCAUGUCCGCCCAGGCGCAGAUGCGGGCCCUGCUGGAUCAGCUCAUGGGCACCGCCCGGGACGGUUCAGUGUAUCUUUGCCUGCCUACAUCAAUCUGCAAGGGAGUUGCAGAAAAGCCUCAUGUUCAUCGAGCCGAGACGAAACCAGACAGAGGGUCAAGUUUACAGAUGACCGUGUCUGCAAGAGUCACCUUCUGGACUGCUGCCCCCAUGACAUCCUGGCUGGGACGCGCAUGGACUUAGGAGAAUGUACCAAAAUCCACGACUUGGCCCUCCGAGCAGAUUAUGAGAUCGCAAGUAAAGAAAGGGACCUGUUUUUUGAACUGGAUGCGAUGGAUCACCUCGAGUCCUUCAUCGCUGAAUGUGACCGCAGAACCGAGCUCGCCAAGAAGCGGCUGGCAGAGACGCAGGAGGAGAUCAGCGCCGAAGUUUCUGCAAAGGCAGAAAAAGUCCAUGAGUUGAAUGAAGAAAUAGGAAAACUUCUUGCUAAAGCCGAGCAGCUGGGAGCUGAGGGGAACGUGGAUGAAUCCCAGAAGAUUCUCAUGGAAGUGGAGAAAGUCCGUGCCAGGAAGAAAGAAGCCGAGGAGGAAUACAGGAAUUCCAUGCCUGCGUCCAGUUUUCAGCAGCAGAAGCUGCGUGUCUGUGAGGUCUGCUCAGCCUACCUUGGUCUCCAUGACAACGACCGUCGUCUCGCAGACCACUUCGGGGGCAAGUUGCACUUGGGGUUCAUUCAGAUCCGUGAGAAGCUCGAUCAGUUGCGGAAAACUGUGGCAGAGAAGCAGGAGAAGAGAAAUCAGGAUCGACUGAGGAGGAGGGAGGAGCGGGAGCGGGAGGAGCGGCUGAGCAGGAGGUCUGGAUCAAGAACCAGAGAUCGCAGGAGGUCACGCUCCCGGGACCGGCGGCGGCGGCGGUCCAGGUCUCCUUCCAGAGAGCGGCGGAAGUCCUCCCGGUCCCGGUCCCGAGACAGACACCGGCGCCACCGGAGCCGUUCCCGGAGCCACAGCCGAGGCCACCGCCGGCCAUCCAGGGACCGGAGUUCGAAGUACAGGUUCUCCAGAGAGCGGGCCUCCAGGGAGGCGUCCUGGGAGCACGGGCGGAGCGAGAGAGGGGCCGCCGACUGGAGGCUGGAGAGCGCCAACGGGAAGAGCACCUCGCGGAGGUCGGAGGAGAAGGAGGCCGGCGAAAUCUGAACCUGCGCCGGGCGUGUGAGCGCUGGCGGACACGUGGACGCUGCCCACCUGGCCCUUUGUAUUUGCUGGGAACGCCUCCCCUUUUGUAGUUGAACCUUUCUGUUGUUGUGGAGCUAGCUGUGAGUUUCUAGAGUGUACAGAGUUGCUCCUGUGUUCUGGGUUACAUCCUGUGGGAAUAAACACCCUGACAGACUGCCUCCCGA